AUGGCAGUUAAAGCUGUUCAUUUAGAAGCUGUUUCAGAUCUUACAACAGAAGCAUUUCUCAACGCAUUCAAGCGUUUUAUCAGUCGUCGAGGCAAGCCAACCGAUGUAUAUUCGGACAAUGGCACGAACUUUGUUGGAGCAAAUAAGGAGUUGAAGAAGUGCUUAGAGAUAUUUUCACAGGAACAAGAGAGACGCAAUAUUAUGGACUAUACUGCAACUGAAGGCAUAAAAUGGAAUUUAAUUCCCGCUAGAGCCCCGCAUUUCGGAGGAUUAUGGGAAAGCUCAGUGAAGUCUUUCAAGGCUCAUUUUUACAAAACAGCUACAGAUGCUUCUAUGACUUUUGAGGAAGUCUCAACUCUCGUGGUUCAGAUAGAGGCGAUUUUAAAUUCGCGUCCUCUGUCAGCAAUUUCAGACGAUUCUAAUGAUUUAAGCUUUCUGUCUCCAGGAGAUUUUCUUAUAGGUUCUACGUUGACCUCUUAUCCUCAAGCAGAUUUGUUGGAUACUAAAAUCAAUCGUUUAUCUAGAUGGCAAUUGCUCGAAAGAAUACGCCAACAUUUUUGGAAGGGAUGGUCCGUUGAAUAUUUAUCGAGCCUUCAGCGGCGUAAUAAGUGGCAAUCUAGUUCAGGACCCCCUAUACAAGUCGGGCAAUUAGUGGUUUGCCGAGAAGAUGGUUUACCUCCUUUAAAAUGGGUACUCGGACGAGUUCUCGAAGUAAUGCCCGGAGCAGAUAACGUAGUCAGAACGGCUAUCGUUAAAAUUAACGCUGGAUUAUAUAAGCGCCCGGCUGCAAAACUAUGUGUAUUGCCUAUCGGAGAAGAUUCCGUUAGCGGCGAGUCCUUUGAUGACAAUUAG